GCAUUAACUGGAGGAGCUUUCAUCUCUGAGCAUGCAGGCAGAGGAAUACAAUCGCAGAGGGAAGGAGCUGGUGGACUACAUCUCAAAGUACCUGGGGUCCAUCCGGGAGAGGAGGGUCAUUCCAGAUGUGAAGCCGGGUUACAUGAAGGAGCUCCUUCCUGAUAGUGCGCCUGUUGAGCCGGAGGACUGGGAGAACAUCUUCAAUGACAUAGAGAGAGUCAUCAUGCCAGGGGUGGUUCACUGGCAGAGCCCUCACAUGCAUGCAUACUACCCAAGUCUGACUUCAUGGCCCUCCAUGCUUGGGGACAUGCUGGCUGACGCUAUAAAUUGUGUUGGAUUCACUUGGGCUUCAAGCCCAGCAUGUACAGAGCUGGAAACCACUGUGAUGGACUGGCUGUGUAAGGCACUGGGACUUCCUUCCUUCUUCCUGCAUCAUCAUCCUGACAGCAGAGGUGGAGGCAUACUGCAGAGUACGGUCAGUGAGAGCACGCUGGUCGCUCUGCUGGCUGCCCGGAAAGACAAAAUUCUGCAGCUGAGAGCCGAGCUGGACCAGGAGGUGGAUGACUCCAUUUUGAAUUCAAGACUUGUGGCCUACGCCUCUGAUCAGGCCCACUCCUCAGUGGAGAAGGCAGGGCUGAUCUCUCUGGUGAAGAUCAGGUUCCUUCCCUCUGAUGAGAAUUUAUCCCUGAGAGGAGACACUUUGAAACAAGCCAUACAAGAAGACAGACGGAGAGGACUGGUGCCUUUUCUGCUUUGUUCAACUUUGGGAACUACAGGAGUGUGUGCCUUCGACAAGCUGUCUGAACUGGGGCCCGUGUGUGAAGAGGAGGGACUCUGGCUCCAUGUUGAUGCUGCGUAUGCCGGCUCGGCUUAUUUCUGCCCGGAGCUCCGCUGGUCCCUGCAGGGCAUCGAAUUUUCAGACUCUUUUGUUUUUAAUCCUUCCAAGUGGAUGAUGGUCCAUUUCGACUGCACAGCUUUCUGGGUGAAGGAUAAAUAUAAACUUCAACAGACCUUCAGUGUGGAUCCCGUCUACCUCAGACAUGAAAACUCACAUUCAGCCACAGACUUCAUGCACUGGCAAAUUCCCCUCAGUCGGCGCUUCCGAUCGCUGAAACUCUGGUUCGUCAUGCGCGCCUUCGGCCUGAAAAACCUGCAGGCUCAUAUCCGACAUGGGAUUGAGAUGGCGAAGCUCCUGGAGUCACACAUAAAGAGAGACCUGAAUUUCGAGGUUCCUGCAGAGAGACACCUUGGCCUGGUUGUCUUCUGUCUGAAAGCAGGAAACGCUUCGACCCAGGAGCUGCUGAGGAGACUGACUCGAUCAGGUACCAUGUACCUGAUUCCUGCAGAAAUUCACAACAAAUGCAUCAUCCGAUUCACAGUCACCUCUCAGUUUACGACUGCUGAUGACAUUCGCAAGGACUGGAACAUUAUUUCUAAAACAGCCGCUGCUCUUCUGGCUGAAACCGACAGCUUGAAUAACACCCAGGAGUCAAAAGAAGGGGAAGAUGAAGUGAUGAGAGUUGAAGAACCCCUGGACUCAGACUCCAGGUCAGACGAAAAGGAGGACACUGUGGCCAGCCUGGACAAAGUUCAAGUGGACCUAUGGAUCGACAAAGCCUGGAAUCCAUCGAGGAGGCCGAUGCGCUCCCUCAGCUGCAACAGCGACCCCCUGCCUCACAGUUACUUCUCUCCACGGUCUGGUUACGACUUCAAGAAACGGUCCAGUCUCAAAGAGACCACUGGAGGUCUCUCCAUGCCUUCACCGACAGGAACUUCUCCCAAGGCGAAGAAGACAGAGGUGCCUUCCAAUCUGCUGGGGAAACAGGUCCUGAAAAAGUUCUACAGCGUGCCCAGUCUCUGCAACCAGUGGAUGCAGCGUGGGCAGCAUCAGCUGUGCUGCCCUCUGAUGGUGUCGCCGACAGCCCAGAAACGCUUCUCCUUCACAUGCAGAAGAAUCAACUGCAUGUCCAAUUCUCCUGGAGCCAACAUCGCUCCCUCUCAAACGCCAGUGGAAAAUGUUGCUGCUCCAAAACUCCUGCAAUGAUCCUGAGAGCAAUCAAAACCCAGCU